AUGUCAAUACUUGUCGAUAAAGUCGUUGCUCCGUGGACUAAGUUGAAUAAGGAGGAAACCGCUGUGAUCCAAGAAGUCGUUGACAGUCGAUAUAAUCAUGAUUCUCGUUCGCUUGAUCUCAGCGAGUUUGCCUUGGAUCAAAAGUUCAAAGAUCGUGAUUUGCAUAUGAUGCUCAAUAAAAACAACGUUAUGUUGACAGUUGUAGACAGAAUAGAUGAGCGAUACGGGUCAAUAACUGCGCUCAGCCUCCAGGUAUGUUGAUU